AUGGCUGCGAUUAUUACGGAGCACACGGUAGCGGAUCUCGUGCGGAGCAAGCUUGGCCUCGUCGAAUUCCCUGAGUCCGCGACUGUCGGCGAGGCGAUCGAGGCUCUGGUGCGAGAGGACCUGGUAGCAGCUCCCGUUUACUCGACUUCUCCCCAUGCUGCCGCGGCGCUCGGCUCCCUGGCUCGUUCCAUUCUCUCCCUGCCAGACGACUCUGACGCGCUGUCGCUUACUGCUGCAGCUAAUAAGGCGUACAUUGGGACUGUCACCAUGGUGGACCUGCUGCUGCACCACCCACACAAACCCCUCGCUUCUAGCACUCUUUCUAGCGCCACCUCCCUCUCGUUAGAGCACCUGCAAGGGGUUCCGGAUGCGUUCCCUUACAAGCAGCCUCAGUAUACGCCACAAGCAGGGAGCACUGUACGCUAUUCGGAGUGCAACACACGUUACUCGUGCUCGUUUCCAAGUGAAGAGGAGGAGGAGACAGAACAGGGGGAGAGGGGAGGCAAGGGGGAGGGGGAGAGGGAUAAAGCUGAUUACAACAUCCCUCCUACCACUCCUGCAAUCCUUCCCACCACUCCCACCAACGCCAUCUCGUCCAUCCAUUCCAUUACCACCGCUUUCCACCACUCCUCCCCCUCCCCCUGUUUCCGCUGCCCGGGGGGCAGCUGCAUGCCCUCCCGAAAGUUUUUCUGCCCGCAUUUCUGCGUGCUGACUCAGACAGACGUGGCCAGAUGGCUGCUCGACAGAGCGCCUCAGCUGGAGCCUGUACCCUCUAAAAGCCUCCUCGAUUUAGGCCUCAUUCACCCCCGGAUCGUCACAGUCAAGUGCUCUGACAAUGCGUACGAGGCUCUGCAGCUGCUGCAAUCGUCUGCUGGGGAUGUCAAUGCACUGGCAGUGGUGGACCCUGCACUUGCACCCGCCAGCCCCUCUUCCUCAAAGUCAACCCAGUCAACCCAGUCAACUCAAGGCUCGUCAGCUGCCAGUCCUGCCAGUGCUGCCGCCUCUUGCCCUCAUGGCAAGCUGGUGGGCCAGCUGUCGAGCGUGGAUCUGCGCGGCUGCACUGCGCAGUUCGCCGCCCGGAAUCUGCGCAGCCUGACGGUGCAGGAUCUGCUGCUGGCCGUGCCGGCCACUGAGAGGAGCUACGCCGGUUUCGAGUAUUCGCGCCCCGUCGCGUUUGAAAACAUGGCCGCCACAUCCACCUCUCAGCUCGUGCAGAGCCACGUCAGCACCAUCGCACAAUCAUCCCGGUCACCAGCGACGGCGACCAGCGCGAAAUCCGCCGUGUCCUUCGCAGGCUCCGAGCUCCAUGGCGCUGCCUGCCGAACCCGCACGACCAAAUCCGUAUCCUGCAAUGCCUCGCAGAGGCAGGCCGUACAGCCAAGGGCGUCAGCGGACGAGCCCCUGUUGGUGCGCGCAGCGCGCGGGGAGGCCAUUCCGCGCCCCCCCGCCUGGAUGAUGCGCCAAGCGGGGCGCUACAUGGCUGCAUACCAGAAGCUCUCCAAGAACCACCCCUCUUUCCGCGAACGUUCCGAGACGACGGAUCUUAUCGUCGAAAUCACCCUGCAGCCGUGGCGCGCGUUCCGACCUGACGGCGUGAUUCUGUUCUCGGACAUCCUGACGCCGUUGGAGGCGAUGGGGAUUCCGUUCGAGAUCGACGAGAACAAGGGCCCCGUUAUAGACAGCCCCAUUAGGACGACGGAGGCGCUUAAGGCGCUGACUCCCGUGCAGCUGGACAAGCUGCACUUCGUUGAUGAGUCGCUGAGGCAAAUCCGGAAAGAGAUUGAGGGCACAGCAGCGCUGCUGGGCUUUGUGGGGGCGCCGUGGACUCUCGCAACCUACUGUGUGGAGGGCGGCACCACGCGCACCUACACCAAGAUCAAGGGCAUGAUCCACAGCGCGCCGGACGUGCUGCGUGCGCUGCUGCAGCACCUGGCCAAUGAGAUCGCAACAUAUGCCGCGUUCCAAGUGGACGCCGGCGCACAGUGCAUCCAGGUGUUUGACUCGUGGGGCGGGCAACUGCCUCCCGACCAGUGGGACGAGUGGGCCAAGCCCUACAUCAUUCAGGUUAUCUCCCAGCUGAAGGCGAAGCACCCCACGGUGCCAGUCGUGCUCUAUGCCAAUGGCAGUGGGGGCCUCAUGGAGCGCAUGGCCACCACUGGGGCUGACGUCAUCGGUGUUGACUGGACCAUUGACAUGGCCGAUGCACGGACGAGGAUUGACGGCGCUCUGAGGGCGAGUCCUGGGGGGAGUGCGAAACCGAGGCUGUCGGUGCAGGGGAACGUGGACCCUGCUGUGCUGUUCGCUUCCAAGGAUGCCAUCACUGACGCCAUCCACCGCUGUGUUGCCAAGGCGGGACCUCGCGGCCACAUUCUCAACCUGGGCCACGGUGUGUUGGUGGGGACACCAGAGGAGAGUGUCUUGCACUUCUUUGAAACGACUCGUGCACUCAAAUAUGCUGAGGAGCCUAUCCAUCAGAUCAGAUCGGAAAGAGUUUACGAAGGUGGCUUCCAGGACAGCUAUUGGGUUCGUGGUUAUGGGAUUCAUCGGUUUUUUUGUGAAACUUAUUUUCAUCCCCAUCAACAACAUCAUUGUCGGAUCGUAAUUAAUCAAGAUAUCAAGUCCGCAAUGGUAGAUACGCAGGCUGUAUGGUAG